GGAUGUUAUAAAAAUGUUCUUCGGUGAUGUUUAUAUAUCAGGCAUAUUAUGCUUUAUCGUUUUUUUACCAUACAUAUAUCCGGGAGAUGUACCAUGUUUACCAUUAUCUAACUAAGCUAUAUGGCACUUUGCUAUCCUUUCACUAUGGUAUGCCACAGUAAACUAAAAUGAGGUUGAUCUCAUAUACUUCAAAAAAAUGCACCAGUUAAAUUCUCUUUUGUUUUUGGAAAGUUGUAAAACAAAAUGUAGUAAAUUAUUAUGAACAAAAAUAGGAAAACGGGAACCCUAACGUUUUUUUUUAAACUGCCGCAACACUUCAGCUGUACAUUACUCUGGGCUUCCGUAGCCCCUGCAAGGAGACCCCGCGGCGGCCUCUGCUUUGAUUGACGUAGGAAAAGAAAAGACACAAGAUCGGGUUACAAGAUGGCGGAUGGUUGCUUGUACUAGGUAGAAGGUUUUCAGUGAGACGUUGUUUUUGUGUAUCUAAAUGGUUAUAUAGACAGGGGUUCCUGCUUUUCCACGCUUAAAGAAAGUUAUUUCCCCCCAAACUAAAGGAGACACUUUUGACUUCUCUAGUUAUUUCCACAACUACCACAACGGUUUGAGCAGUUUGUUUGGAACAUGCGGGUUGAAACUGAAAGUUUAAAUCGCUGGCUUAAAAAUUAAAAUAAAAAGAGAAGCAGUGUAAGGAGGAGGAAUCAUGUCGGAUACGCGGCGGCGGGUGAAGGUGUACACGUUGAAUGAAGACCGACAAUGGGACGACAGAGGCACCGGGCACGUCUCCUCUACCUACGUCGAGCGCCUAAAAGGAAUGGCCUUAUUGGUCCGGGCAGAGUCCGAUGGUUCACUUCUUCUGGAGUCCAAAAUAAGCCCUAACACAGCAUAUCAAAAGCAACAAGACACCUUGAUUGUUUGGUCUGAAGCUGAGAAUUAUGACUUGGCUUUGAGCUUUCAAGAAAAGGCUGGAUGUGAUGAAAUCUGGGAAAAGAUUUGUCAGGUGCAAGGAAAGGAUCCCGCAGUUGAAAUCACGCAGGAACUUAUUGACGAGUCUGAGGAGGAGCGUUUCGAAGAAAUGCCUGAAACAAGUCACCUGGUUGACCUACCCCCUUGUGAACUUAACAAACUUGAAGAGAUUGCUGAUCUAGUAACGUCUGUUCUGUCCUCCCCGAUUCGCAGAGAAAAGCUUGCGCUGGCCUUAAUGAAUGAGGGCUACAUUAAGAAACUGCUGCAGCUUUUCCAGGUUUGCGAGGACCUUGAGAACAGUGAAGACCUGCACCAUUUAUAUGAAAUCGUAAGAGGAAUUUUGUUCCUCAACAAGGCAGCUCUGUUUGAGGUCAUGUUCUCGGACGACUGCAUUAUGGACGUUGUUGGUUGUCUUGAGUAUGACCCCGCCCUGGUACAGCCAAAAAAGCACAGGGAGUUCUUAACCAAAACUGCUAAGUUUAAAGAGGUAAUACCCAUCACAGACUCCGAACUGAGGCAGAAAAUCCAUCAAACAUAUAGGGUGCAGUAUAUCCAGGACAUCAUCUUGCCAACUCCAUCUGUUUUUGAGGAGAAUUUUCUUUCAACGCUGACCUCUUUUAUUUUCUUUAACAAGGUUGAGAUUGUCAGUAUGUUGCAGGAAGAUGAGAAAUUCUUGUCUGAAGUCUUUGCACAGCUGACGGAUGAAGCAACUGAUGAUGGCAAGAGGCGUGAACUGGUUAACUUUUUCAAAGAAUUCUGUGCAUUUUCCCAAACGUUACAACCCCAGAACAGAGAUGCAUUUUUCAAGACUCUUGCUAACUUGGGAAUUCUUCCUGCUCUAGAGAUAGUAAUGGGUAUGGAUGAUUUGCAAGUGAGGGCUGCAGCAACAGACAUCUUUUCUUAUUUGGUAGAGUUUAGUCCAUCCAUGGUACGGGAGUUUGUUAUGCAGGAAGCUCAGCAGAGUGAUGAUGACAUUCUUCUUAUAAAUGUGGUCAUUGAGCAAAUGAUAUGUGAUCCUGACCCUGAGCUUGGAGGAGCCGUUCAGUUAAUGGGACUCCUUCGUACUCUAAUUGAUCCUGAGAACAUGUUGGCACCAUCAAAUGUAAGAAAGCUUUACAGGAAAACGGAAAAGACUGAAUUUCUCAGCUUUUUCUACAAGUAUUGCAUGCAUGUACUCACUGCUCCUCUUCUGGCCAAUACAGCGGAAGAAAAAACAGGAAAAGAUGCAGUAGUUGGAUCCAACAAGAUUAGUGCAAUUUGUCCUGAUAACUUUCAGACAGCUCAGUUGCUGGCCUUAAUUCUGGAGCUGCUUACGUUCUGUGUUGAACAUCACACAUAUCACAUCAAAAACUACAUCAUGAACAAAGAUCUUUUGAGACGGGUGUUGGUACUGAUGAACUCAAAGCACACGUUCUUGGCCUUAUGUGCCCUGCGUUUUAUGAGGAGGAUUAUUGGCCUGAAAGAUGAGUUUUAUAAUCGCUAUAUCAUCAAAGGAAACUUGUUUGAGCCAGUCAUAAAUGCCUUGUUGGACAAUGGUACAAGGUACAAUCUUCUGAAUUCAGCAAUUAUUGAACUCUUUGAAUUUAUCAAAGUGGAGGAUAUUAAGUUACUCACUGCACACAUAAUUGACAACUUCUAUGAAACACUUGAAUCUAUUGAAUAUGUUCAGACAUUUAAAGGACUGAACACUAGAUAUGAGCAGGAGAAGGACAGACAAAAUCAAAGACUGAAUAGUGUACCCUCUACAGUGCGUAAUAACAGAUACCGCAGAGAUGCAAGGGCUUUGGAAGAUGACGAAGAAAUGUGGUUUAAUGAAGAUGACGAAGAGGAAGGUGAAGCUGUUGUACCUCCUGUAGAGAAGUCAAAGACUGAAGAUGAUUUCUCUGACAACUAUGGAAAGUUUAUUGAAGCAAAAAAAGUUAAAGAAAGUGAGGACAAAGAAAACCUUCCGAAGAGGACCUCAAGUGGCAGCUUUAAGUUUACAUUUUCUCAUUCUGCUGGAGCAGCUAAUGGAACAAACAGCACCAACAGUAAAUCUGCAGCAGUACCAUCUUCGCCUGCCAGCACUAACAGUUCUUCCUCAAAGACUGCCAAUUCGCCAGCUCCUGUUAUGACAAAGCAGGCAGGUUUAGUUGGGCUUGUAGAUUACCCAGAUGACGAAGAGGAAGACGAGGAGGAGGAAGAAGCAUCUCCAAGAAAACGGUCCCGUCUUGGAUCAUAAAGGAUUUAGUAGAAAAUGUCAGUCGGUUUUUGAGUACAAUGGAGCAACUGUUCCACAGCUGACUGAAUAUGAGGAACCUCUCCUCCCCCUCCACCACAACCACCAGUAUAGAAGAUGACACAAGGAGUAGCAAACAGUGUGCCAAUGUUUCAGCUAGAGGUUUAGUUUUGCAGCAGGAAGAAUUCACUUCCCAGGAACUGAAUCUCUUGUGAAUGUGGGGAAAAAUUGUCUGCCAAUCAGGCUGGCAGGACUAGCAGGUUAGUAAUGGGAGCUUGAUUGGCUAAACCUUACAGAAGGUUGGGGGAGGGCUGGGGAAACUUUUGUCCAAGGGAGCAGGACUCAGACAUUUAAUGGUUUCCAUUUCAGGAAACAAACAUGAACUGAAAUGUCAGUAAGGAAUCCUGUAUUCAUAAUUUUAUUAAAAGUACUGUACAGCGUGUUCAUCCAUGUGUGGGUUUUUUUUUUUAAUGGGAGAACAAUACCUGCCAAUGUCAUUUUUAACAAAAGGUGGGACCACUGUUUACUAUUUUUUUUAAUACACUUUUGGUGCAUUGGUAAAGCAGACUGGUUAAGGUGUGUGGUUUUUUUUUUUUUUUUUUAAGCUUACCGUAAAGUACAUUUUAUGCCCAAAUAGAGGAUGUUUAUAGUUAAUCUGUUGCUGCUAUAUGGUUUGUCAUGGGUAGAGCCAGGCUCAUUUUACCUGUAAUGUUAAGUGUUAUCUUUUGUAGGGCAACCCUAAUUUUGAUUAAAACAUUAGGGAGUUGAAACGUGUCAUCUCCAAGUACAACAAAGGUUAAGCAUGGAUGGAACAAGGGAUUUGGGAAAUGUCAUAGUUGUCCCGAUCAAACAGUACUGACCCCCUUACAGAUUAUAUUAUCUCCUAAAUCUGUAAAUGCCAAACAUGUUGCUGACAAAGCAUCAGACUACUUUUUUUGUUUUAUAGUUCAUCUAAAUUAAUGUAUGGGUUUUAUUUGCAGAGGUGAUUUUUAACAUGCAUAAAACUUAACAAUUGUGGUAGCGAUUUGAAAGACCGCCAGUCUAUACAAGUAAAUUGCAUAGUUGAAAAAGCUACCUGAUGCUAUAACUAAGUGUUAUGAGUUUAACACUGGUUGUUAAACAGGCUGCAGUAAAACCGAUACAGUACUUGUACUUUUUGUUGUGUUUUUUUUUUUUUUUUUUUUUUUUGAUACUGCUAAAGAAAAUGUAUGUUUCCAUCUAAACUAGUACACCCCAUUCGGGAAGCUUUGUAGGUAAUUGUAUGCAUUUUCAAGAACAGAUGGGAUGUCUGUAGAUAGUGUAGGGUCCCCCCGUCCCCCCCGUCCCCCCCCAUAAACAAGUUUAUUUUGUAUUGGACAAAUAAACUACCACUGUCACCAUUUUACAUCAUUUGUAUACAUUAUUUGAUAAAAAAAAAAAAAAAAAAAAAAAAUCUGAUGCAAGUUUCAGAAAUUAAAUGUGACUGUAAUUAAAAUACUUUUGUCUGACUUUUAUUGUAAUGCAUAUUUUUCUUGUGGUUCAAGCAGUCUAGCUUAUGGGCUUAGAUGGCAUUAUCUGCUAGUUUUUAAAUGUUUUUAUUUGAUGUACAAAGUAGUUGUAGCUAACACAAACAUUUCAUAUUUCAGACCUUAUUUUCCAAUUCCAUACGCUAAAUAGGUCUUGUGUGCAGUUUUUAAAGAAACUCCUGUUUAUAGCAAACUUGUAUUUUAAUUUGAAAACAUAUCUGGUACUCCACUAGGUAAAACCGGUCCAGAUUGGUUGCCUUGACUGCCAGGAAAUCUGCCUCACUUCCUAGGUCAUUUCACCUGAAGUGUGUUCAAGGUCAAAGUAUCAUACUGGCUGCAGUUGCAGGUCAGUCAUUAGGGGAGUAGUUUGUUGGUUUCUUACAGGAAAGAAGAGACUAUAGAGGUUGGCACAAUUUUUACCACUCCAGGUGAAAUGGCCAUGAAAGUGCAAGACCAUCUACAGCUAUGGCCAAAAGUUUUGCAUCGCCUUAAAUUUUUGGGUUGGGCCAUACAUUUAAAAAAAUAAAUAAAACAAAUAUUUUUUUAUUUUUUAAAUGUAUGGCCCAACCCAAAAAUUCAAGGCAAUGCAAAACUUUAAUAAUUUAGAUCUUUAACAUCAUGUAAUCAAAGAAACUACAACAUGAUAAUGCAAAGGUCUAGUGGAAGCCAUAAUAGUACAGUAUUUCAUGUUGGAUAUUGAAAUGUGUUUUGUUUUUUUAAGUAUAUGGAAAACUACAAAGCGGUAUGUAAUUCAACAUGUUAAUAUUGCAUUAUUCAGCAGCUUUCAUUUGACUUUAUGUUAAUUUUUUUGUUAAUUCUAUAGGGUGAUGAAAAACUUUUGGCCAUGUCUGUAUGAGUAUUGCAAACAGUUUUUUUGGUUUUUUUUUCUUUAACCUAAUGUAGCACUGUUGUAAAAUGAAAAUGCAUGUUUAACUGCCAAAACUACACAUUUGAAACCUCUUUAGUGAAUAAAUGUGCACAGCAUCUGUCAAAA